UCUCUCUCUCUCUCUCUCAGUUUUGUGUAAAACUAACAGCCUUAUCUGAUUCAAUGUUGUGUAUUGUAUAGAACAUUGGUUCAGCUUCUUCUUCAGGCAUGGCAGAUAACAGUCAAAAGACAGAAGAUUUUGACACUGAUGAUAAAAAUAAUCAAUGUUUAUCAACCGUGUCUUGGUGCAAUGGUGUUGGAAAUGAGGCUCUUGUAGUUGUUGAAUCCAAGGAUCAAUGCAAGACUAAGGGUCAAUCUGAUGAGCACAAGACUCUUCGUCGGCUGAUGCAGAAUCGCGAGGCUGCAAGGAAAAGUAGGUUAAGGAAAAAGGCUUAUGUGCAACAAUUGGAGAACAGUCGACUUAGGCUUGCUCAAAUAGAACAUGAGCUUCAACAAGUACGUCAACAGGGUACAUUUGUUGCACCUGGAGUUACAGCGGAUCAUGGUCAUUCAAUUGUUGGAAACAGUAAUGCAGGUUCGGUAGCAUUUGAUAUGGACUAUGCUCGUUGGGUAGACGAGCAUCAACGACUAAUCAAUGACAUAAGAUCAGCUAUAAAUUCUCAAAUGGGUGAUAAUGAACUGCAUCUUCUUGUUGAUGGUGUCAUGGUACAUUAUGAUGAAUUAUACAAGUUGAAGAGCAUAGGUGCAAAGGCUGAUGUAUUUCACAUACUUUCUGGGUUGUGGAAGACACCUGCAGAAAGAUGUUUCAUGUGGCUUGGUGGAUUCCGUUCAUCCGAACUUCUCAAGAUAAUUAGAAACCACCUCGAGGCGUUAACGGAUCAGCAAUUGAUGGCGAUCUUCAAUCUGCAGCAUUCUUGUCAACAGGCUGAAGAUGCAUUAUCUCAAGGAAUGGAAGGUUUGCAACAAUCUCUUUCAGAGACACUUUCCUCCACGUCCACUGGAUCUGGAAAUGUUGUUGAGUAUAUGGGUCAAAUGGCUCUUUCAAUGGCCAAGCUUUCCACACUGGAGACUUUCAUUCAUCAGGCAGAUAUCUUGAGGCAACAAACACUGCAACAGAUGCGUCGAAUUUUGACUGCGCACCAAGCUGCUCGUGCUCUCCUUGUCAUAAAUGAUUUCAUUUCACGAAUCAGAGCUCUUAAUUCAUUAUGGUCAGCAUUUCCUAAAGAAUACUAAAGGAAUUGACACAUUCUAUAGUGCAUAACUAGUGUG